AUGCUCAUAGGGGGGCCACGAGCAAGAUACAUACAGUACCUGCGAGGUCAAGAAACAGCGCAAGCGAUAAUUUCAAUACCAGCUCUUCACGUCCUGGCCGUCCGUCUGUCACUUCAUGCUGUGAGAUGGUUGGGAGAAGAAAGUACCACCACCACCCAUAAUCCGCGCAUCAUUUAA